AUGUACCGGAAAAAGCAGAUCAGAUGGAAGUUGAUACACCUCUGGACUAUCAUAGCCCAUCUCGGACUCCUAGCCUCGGCGGCUACUAGUUACAUCUACGACCUUGGAAGACACAACUCCCCAUACCGCUGGGAGCAGUCAACGGCCGCCAAUAUGCAUUCAUGUGGGUCCGUCCGCGUGGCCCGACUUGAUAGUCGGCUUGCUUCCGACACGGCAACUCCUGAGCUACUCCGAGCGUGCUUAGUUAUUGGAUCCUUGGGGCUUACCCUUAACGUUGUGAUUCUCGCAAUGCUGCUAGCAGUGGAGCCUAAUAGGAUCAUGUUGACGGAAGGAGAACAACACUCGCGGAAGCAAAUUGCCACAUUUUUCAGCUGCUCUCUCAACCUGCUACUAGUGGGAGUAGGAGUAUGUCUGGCUGCGAGUAUACAUGCCAAGGUGGCCGGCUGCCGCCUUCUCAUACCCCCGCUAAUAUUGGUAUACAUUCAAAUACCUCUCACCCUUCUUACGGCUAUUUGCGAUGCCACGAAGAACUACCGAGAAGGGAAAGAUCUCCUCGAUUAG